AUGUUCAUAAAGUCGCUGCUUCUGCCAGCUUCUGCCUUGCCGCCGCCACAGCCGCCCAUCGUCACUUGUCAGCAAGGUGCACACACGUACCCAACAUCCAUCCAUCCCCAGGGGAGAUCGGCAUGUGAACAACCACGACCAUUUCUCUUGGCCAGCACAAGCAGUGCCAUCGGCAGUCAAGACAAGCAGCCAACAACUGGAGAAAGUCCUGAAUCUGGUUAA